CGCUCCAGGGCUGGCGGACCCCUUCCCCUGCCUAUCCCCCCUGCCUAGGGGAGCCGGCCCGGCCAGCGCUGCCCGCCCGCGCCUGCGCAGCGCCGCACACGCAGCCAGGCGGGGCUGAGCCGAGACGAGCCGGCCCGGCGCCUCCCGCCGCCGCUCGGCUCCUCCCGCCAAGCGGGGCCGUGGACAGGCCUUUGCCCCUCCAGCGCCUGCCGCCUGCGGAGCGGCGGGACGCAACUCUCGCGCCGGGCCUGAGCGUCUGCGGUCCCGCAGGCGUGCAGCGCGGGGUGUGAGCCCGCCCCGACGCCGCUCCCGCCUCCCCUCCAGCUGCCGGCGAAGGACGAUGCCGCUGCCACGCUCCGCCCCCACUGGGCCUCCGAAACCCCGCCGCUGAGAACGGAAGCGCCAUGGCCGCCGGCUGCCCGCCGCCUUUUGGGGACCCGGGGGAGAUGCGGGAAGGGUUCCUAUGCCCGCUCUGCCUCAAGGACCUUCAGUCGUUUCACCAGCUGCAGGCGCACUACGAGGAGGAGCACUCGGGCGAGGACAGGGACGUCAAGGGACAGCUCAGAAAUCUAGUCCAGAAGGCCAAGAGAGCAAAGAAGAAAUUGCUGAAACGAGAAGAUGACAGAACUGAUUCUGGAUCUCAGGAACGAUACGAGUCAUUCAGCUAUGGUGGAGUAGAUCCCUACAUGUGGGAGCCCCAGGAAGUAGGUGCCAUGAGAAGCCAUCUUUCGGAUUUCAAGAAACACCGAGCAGCCAGGAUUGAUCACUAUGUAGUUGAAGUCAAUAAGUUAAUAAUCAGGUUAGAAAAGCUUACAUCGUUUGACAGAGCAAACACUGAGUCAGCUAAAAUAAGAGCUAUAGAGAAGUCUGUUGUGCCUUGGGUCAGUGAUCAGGAUGUUCCAUUCUGCCCAGACUGUGGCAGUAAGUUCAGCAUUCGAAACCGACGUCACCACUGCCGCCUCUGUGGGUCCAUUAUGUGCAAGAAGUGCAUGGAACUUGUGAGUCUUCCUUUGGCAAGCAAACUCACUAGUGCCAGCAAAGAGGCCUUGAGUUCUCACACCAGCCCAAACUCCUCACCUGGCAGUGUCCAUGGCUCCCGCCGUGGCAGCAUCAGCAGCAUAAGCAGCGUGAGCUCGGUUCUGGAUGAGAAGGAUGAUGACCGAAUACGUUGUUGUCAGCACUGCAAAGAUACCCUGUUGAAAAGAGAACAGCAGAUCGAUGAGAAAGAAUACACUCCAGAGAUUGUGAAACUCUAUGAGAAACUUCGACUCUGCAUGGAGAAGGUUGAUCAGAAGGCACCAGAAUAUAUAAGGAUGGCAGAAUCUCUAAAUGCCGGGGAGACAACCUACAAUCUCGAACAUGCUAAUGACUUGAGAGUAGAGAUUCAAAAAGUAUACGAAUUUAUAGAUGCCUUAAGUAAGAAGAUUUUAAGUCUAGGCUUGCAUGAAGAUCCCCAACCUCAUCCAAAAACUCUGCAACUUCAGAGAAUGAUAAGAUACUCAGCUACACUUUUUGUUCAGGAAAAACUGCUUGGCCUAAUGUCCCUGCCAACCAAAGAUCAGUACGAAGAAUUGAAGAAGAAAAGGCUGCAGAUGGUGGCCCUCGAAACACAAGGAAAACAAGAUGAAAAGCAGAGAGAUGUUAUCUCCAGAUCUGCAGCUGCACUUAAUGGUGAUGCGAUACACCUGAAAAAAGGAACAGUCAGGAAGUCUGAAGGCUGGUUACCUACAUCUAGCAUAUCACGAGAGAGUGAGAUAGCAGACCCACUUCUUCAGCAGAUUGACAAUAUCACAUCCUUUAUCAAGCAAGCAAAGGCAGCAAAUAGGAUUGACGAGGUCCGUAUGUUGCAAGAGAACCUGAGGCAGCUUCAGGAUGAGUAUGAUCAACAACAAACCUUGAAAGCUAUCGAGCUUUCUAAAAAACAGGCAGAAGAGGAAGAGAGGCAGAGGGAGGAACUUCAGAUCCUGUGUGAAAAAGAGUGGGAAAGAGAACACAAAUUCAUGGCUCAGCACUCGAGGACACGCUCCUUAGAUUUCAGAGAAGUCAAGCAGCAUCAGCAUGAAGUUGCAAAAGAGAAUCAGAACUUGAAAGCACACACAUUGCAUUUGGAUAUUACUCAGUUCAAAGGGGAGUCAAGUUUUGAAACUCCUGCUGUUGAUCAUCUGCCAGCUAAAGAGCAGUUGAUCUUCACACUCAAACCCCAGAAUGUCCCAAAAUGUGACAAAGGCCAAGUUCAGAUAUCAUCUCUAAACCCCUUUGAAGAUGAAGCAGAUACACCUCAGUCAGGGGAAGAUCCUGCUAACCCAUUUGUCAAAGACACUUCUCCAGUGGUUUCUUCCUCUAACACAGCUCUGCAGAGUGAUCGAAAAGACUAUAACCCAUUUGAAAAUGAAGAUGAUGAUGAUGAUGAUGAACAAACUAAUGGAGCACCUGGCAGCACUUCAAACCCUUUUGAAGAGGAUGAAAAUCCAUUUCAGAAGCUUAGGGGCAGUUGGAAUUCUGGGAAUCCAUUUGAAGAGGAAUGCUCUACCAAUCCCUUUGAGGUAGAGGAUGGCAAUGAGAUCUCUGGAGAGGAGGCUAUAGAAGAAGAGCUGCUUCUCCAACAGAUAGAUAACAUCAAAGCUUACAUAUUUGAUGCCAAACAUAGUGGACGAAUGGAUGAGGUGGAGGUACUGACAGAGAACUUGAAGGAAUUGAAGCGCACAUUAGCAAAGCAGAAGGAGAAAUCAAACUGCUGACGAAGCAACACGGCUUUUGUAGUAAUUAUUUUAAGUCUACUCUUAAAUAUGGGAAGAUAGAGCAGGUGCUUAUAAAUAGGAGUACGGAUCACAAGAGGGAAUUGGGAGAAUCUUGACCUUUAUGCACUUUCAUUAGGUAUUUCCACUACUACUCAGUCUUGAAAGAAUUAUUGAGGUAUGCUGCUGGUCUCAAAAAGCGUAAGCUAAAAUUUUAGCAUAAAAUUUUAAAAUUAACUUGUUGAAACACUUUUUUAAUGCUACCUGGUCUUAGUGCAUUCUUAUGUUGGUCAAAGUGGUUGAGUGCUAAUAGGGAAUUAGGCAAUGUUGAUUUGUCAUGUUUCCUCCUUCCUACUGUAGUCUUGGCCUUGCCAGUGGGGCUUAGACUAAAGAGAGAUGACAAGUUUUCUAAAACCUCUGUAUCCUUGGGUAAUGGCAGUGCAGUGUUUCAGGAUAGCUUAACUGCUUGAUGGUGUUACAAGAAAGUGGUAAGACUACUGUGAUUCAUUGAGGUGCAGAUGCAUUUAGUGCAAUGCUAAUGCAUAAAGGAUUUUAAAACUGAGAACUUUAUAACUGAUCUUAAUUAAUGUGUUUAUAACAAUUCCCAAGUAAAAUUUAGAUGUUGUCUUUUCAUCACUUUUAGCUUCCUGUUUGCUCUGAGCACAAACUACAGUGUAAUAAAGAGCUGGCUUCACAGACCUGCUCUGUGGGAACAAAUACCUGCUCAUUUCCAGGGAAAAGAGUAUCAGGCUAGCACCACUUCAAACUAUGCCAUAUCAAGGGUGAGGGUGACCCUCCAAUUCCUAUCUUUUGGCAUCUACACAUUCCUUUAUAUUCCCUAGGUUACAGAAUGAUCAUGUUUGUCUUAUUUGUGAGACUGGAACCCGCUUGUAAUACUGAAUGAACAAAAAUCUUGUUUACAAUGGAGAGCAGAAAGGCCAAUGAACUGGAAUUCUGUGAAAGCUGGGAGACAAAUUCUGUAGGUAUGAUAGUGCCAGAUAGCAAUUCUCUUACAUAUUUGAUUCCCAUCAGCUGUUACAAGAAUCAGGCAUGUCUGUCUAAACUAAGAAGUUCUAAUUUGGAGUAAUCUUGUGACCCUCAGGUCAGGGGGAUGAAGAGGUGAUGAUCAGCACCUGUGAUGCAGGAGGGCUUAGAGCUUCUGAAGACAGCAGAAAUGUCGAUCACUUUGGGGUUAGGUUGGCCUGCAUCUUUGUGAAAGAUGGAGCCUGAGCUGCUUUGAUUUUUAUCUUUGAAAGGUGGAAACCAUCAUCAGGCAUCAGAGUUUGAAGGGAUGGUGGGGAGGUGCUAGUCUAAGGGAUGUAUUUAUUUGAUGAACUAGAGAAAAAACAAAUCACAUUGUAUGGCACUAAUAAUAGAGGGCUUACUCACUCAGAUGUCUUUAACUGUAUCUCUUAUAAUAUGUAUUAGCAUACCUAUAACCCAAGCAUUGCAUAUACUUUAGUGACACAAAUAAUUACACUACCUGAAGAGCAGGAACUCUGUAAUAGUUUUAUUUUCCUGUAAGCAAGUGGAGGCAGAGACUUGUAGAACUGUUGUUUAAACAACACCAAAUGACCUAUUUCCUUGCUAGUUCUAGUGAUGGAUGGAAAUCACUUAAGAGUAGCCAGCUAAGGGCAGCUGUUCUUCAGAUAAUGGUGCCUGAAUCUGCAGUUAAAAGGUGUGCAGAACUGGUGGUCUUAAGACAGGUGUGUUUUUAUACAGAGAUGCUUUAUAUGAGUGAGUCCCUGAGUAUUUUGUAUCAAGUGAAAUGAACAACAGAGGAUUCUGAAAGGUCAGACUAAUGUGUGGACUGUGCCACCAGAUUCAUGAAGGCAGUAAAAGCUGUUAAAAUAGCUAACUAGCUAAAAUAAUUCCUGGAAUUGUCUUAGUGUAAGGCAGCUAUUUCAGACAGACUUGUUUGCUACUCAAGAGGAUUGCUCCAUGCACUGUAACCCAAAGCUUUUUUUUGGUACCAAUAUGAAAAAAUGUUUCAGUGGUUUCAGCUUUCACAUUUUAAAAGUGUUUUUUUUUUUCCUGGUUGCAACUGCCUUGUUUGUAUUUUUCAGUCUAAUACACUAAUUAUUAAAGUAUCUUCAUUGUACAUGUAAUAAUGUAUUUUUACAAGCAGAUAACAGACUAGCAUACCUCAUGAUCUUAGUCAGUGUUAAUUGUGAUGGACUAGACAUGUGAUACUCAAGUCAUCUCCAAAGUGAAGACCUUAUGCUGGUAUUUGGACUGCUGUUGGCACAACAGAAUGAAGACAUCUUAACCAUAAAGCUCAGUAAUUAAUUAGCAUUGAUUUUUGUUAAAACUGCAUGCACUACUCUGUAUGGAAACUUUGUAAACAGAGAUGAAAUAAACCAACAUGUUUA